AGUCAUUUCCUGAAACUAAGAGGAAACUCUCAGUCAGGAAGUAAUGUUUCAAGUCUCUCAAAAUAUGAGAACAACUCAACGGCAUAAAACAUAUAAACGAAGACCAUAUUAAUGCCACAAUGGAAGUUGAUUUGGCCUUUUUGAAGUCCACAAAAGGUCUACUGAAAAUAGCAGAAAUGGUUUGUGUUUUUGUGGCUUUUGUGUGUUAUGCAGUGGCAUCCAGGCCCCCUUACAUUGCCGCAACAUGCAUGGAGUUUUUCAUCACAUUUGGUUUUCUUCUGCUCUACCUACUGAAACUCAACAAGAUGUUCACUUUCUUCUUCUGGCCCCUUAUUGAUGUGUUCAACUCAUUCUUUGCAGCUGCACUGAUGUGUAUUCUUAGCCUAGUAGCAGUUUCUACGUACACAGUGAAGGGCACUCUGAGCGGAGGGAUCGUGGGCUUUGUGGCUGCAGCCUUUUGGUCUUUGGAUGGCUAUAUCCUUUUUAAAAAAAUCACAUUCAACAAGUCAAGAACCACCACAGAGGCCCAAACAGGGAAAGAUUAAAGCUCUGCAGAACCAGCUCUCUCAUUUUGUGAACGGACCAUUUUUAUAACUAAAAUAAGAUAGUAAAAUAGGCUUGUAUAGUAAUAAUGUAUUUACUUCUCUCACAUUUGUCCAUGUGGAUCAAAUUGAGGAUCACGUUGUUAUUGUCUCAAAAUGUCAAAAUGGUUAACCCUGAUUGAUUUUAUUUCCUUAUUCCAUAAGUAAAAAUGUACUUUUUGAAAGAUUAUUGUUACCAGAAUUAUUAUGGGGUCGACUGCAGCAAGAACAAUCUAUUCAAACCAUAUUUAAUAUAAACACAUACAGUGUAUAUUAAAGAAUGUUGUGUAAAAGUAUUCACAAAAUAGGUUAAUUACAUUCAGUGGUUGCAUUUAUGACUUAUGCCACUUACCUCAAAUUCCUUUUUUUAUGAUAGACUUCUAAAAAAAUUCUGAAAACUUUAUCAUCUGUUAUUAUGAACAACACGUUAGCCAAAGUUAGAAAGUAGGCUAUAAAAAACCUUCCAUGUUUUUGAACUAGCCUAUUGAAAGGGGCUUGAAGUCACACCACGAACCUUUUUUUACAGUCCAUGCCCCAAAAAGGGUUAAAUCUGUUCGUUCGUUCAGAUGUACAUUAUAUGCAGUUGUUGCACGGAUAUCUGUACAGUUGCUACUUAGUCCUGUGAGAGAUGUCUCGCCCACAUUCUCUGUUAACUUAUUAACGGUCUCCAGAUUUAGGGAAUGCAGAUUCUGCUCUUUUGUGUGCUUCGUUUCCGCAGUCAUUAUUUCCGUUUCCACUCCGUGGAAAGUUAUGUCGAUUUGCGAAGUGUAGCUGUCUCAUAGCUGAUAGUAGGACGCACCACUGUGAACUUUAUUCGGGAACAGCAGAGUUUCGUCAGCGUGAUGGGGGACAUCGAGGCGUCGGAUAGUAACCGAUCACGACAGACCGUAAUUCAUUCUCUUCUCCCUAGUAAAGAAUUCAUCUCCUCCCGAAAAGGACUACUGCUGCUCGGUGAAGUGGUACGAUUUUCGACUUUUAUUUGUUAAAUCCAUCCAUGAUAGUGUGUAAGUCAUAGUUGCAUUGUUUUGUGGAAUCUUAUUAUCUGCUUAAUGUUUUAUUGUAUUUUAUUUAUUGUUUGCAGCUGGAUUCAGUCACUUCACACAGAAGUGCUUUCUGCGACAUAAAUCUUGCCAUUUAUUCUUCUGAUUUGAGUUUUUUCUUCUUCUUCUUCUUCUUCUUCUUCUUAUCUGUUUUUCACUAAUUAUUCUUUAGGCCUUAUUAUAUCAUAAUGUUUGUUCUAAAAAAAAGUUUUUGCUGCUUUGUUGAAUGAAUAAAGUAAACGAGAACGAGUAAAUGAGCUGUUUUCUACAGUAUAUAGGUCAAGCACUUUCAAGUUUCCUCAUUCAUCUCAAGGGGGAGUUUUAUGAAGGCCAGUAGGCUACUGGGUCUCUUAUAAAGGUGUGCUAAACAAGUAAUUAAUAUUGUGUUAUUUACAGUUCAGACAAAACAGUUCCAUCCAUUAUCACUUUGAAUUCAAAAUUCUGCUGUUUGUGUACAAAUCUCUAAACAAUCUUGCUCCUCCAUACCUCUCAGAGUUGAUUAUUGUACACAAUCCAGCCAGAUCACUCAGAUCACAGACUAGGUAUCUGCUACAGGCUCCCAGAUCCAGACUGAAAUGCAGGGGUGACAGAGCCUUUGCAGUUGCUGGCCCCAGGCCAUGGAACAAUUUUCCAUUAUCUAUUAGAACAGGUUCUACAGUGUCUGAGUUUAAAAGCCUCUUAAAAACCCAUCUCUUUUCCCAUGCUUUUAUUGCUUGGUGACUGUGUACUUUUUAAUGAUGGGUUCAUUUUAAUGUUGUGAUUGGGUCUAUGCAACUUAGUACAGCACUUUAGUCAACUUAGGUUGUUUUAAUUGUGCUUUAUAAAUAAAUUGAACAAAAAUUUG